UCGCACCGGAAACAAACUUUGCGUUCGGCGUGCGUUCCAGCUGUCAAAUCGCUCUCGCUCGAGCGAAAACACUGUCACCAUCUGUCAAACGGCGAUCGCCUUCGCUCUUUCUCUUUCCGGCAAUCGUAUGGAAUUGUUGUAACACAUUUCGUGCAAGAUGUUUAUGCCCAAAGCCCAUCGCGUCGCCAUCUAUGAGUACCUCUUCAAGGAGGGAGUCCUAGUGGCCCAGAAGGAUUUCUAUGCCCCGAAGCACCCGGAGCUGGAGAACAUCCCCAACCUGCACGUCAUCAAGACGAUGCAGUCGCUGAAGUCGAAGAACUUCGUCAAGGAGCAGUUCGCCUGGCGCCACUACUACUGGUAUCUGACCAACGAGGGUAUUGAGUACCUGCGGUCGUACCUGCAUCUGCCCCCGGAGAUUGUUCCGUCGACGCUGAAGCGUGCCGCCCGUUCGGAGCCACAGCGCGCCCGCGCUACCGCCGGACCCCGUUCCGCCGAUGGACCGAAGGGAGGCGAAGACCGACAGGGCUACCGUCGCACCCAGCAGGCCGGAGGUCCGGACAAGAAGGGAGACGUCGGCGCCGGAGCCGGAGAUGUGGAAUUCCGCGGACCAUUCGGCCGAGGACAGAGGCCACAGUAAGGCACGGAUUGAUUCCAUCUUCUGUGUACAUUUAAUAAUAAAAAGUAUGAUCUAAGAUACACACAUUCGUCUACAAGUUGGA